UCACACAUUCACACAGUUCACACUGAAUCGACAACUCGUUUGCCGGUUUAUUAUUAAUCUUUUUGUUUCCCUCAGUGAAGCGAAUUAUUUUGGAAAAUAUUCGCCGAGAGGCUGCAAUUUAUAAUAAUUAACAAAAAAAAUUAUUAAUCAAACAUCAUAAAAAUGGUUGAAGAAGUUAAUCCAAAAGCAUAUCCAUUAGCUGAUGCUACAUUGACAUCAAAAAUUUUGAAUUUAGUUCAGCAAGCAAUGAAUUACAAACAAUUAAGAAAAGGUGCUAAUGAAGCUACUAAAACUCUUAAUCGUGGUUUAUCUGAGUUUAUUGUAAUGGCUGCUGAUGCUGAACCACUUGAAAUAUUAUUGCAUUUACCUCUUUUAUGUGAAGAUAAAAAUGUACCAUAUGUUUUUGUCAGAAGCAAGCAAGCAUUGGGACGUGCAUGUGGUGUUUCUAGACCAGUUGUUUCAUGUUCAAUAACAGUCAAUGAAGGAUCACAACUUAAACCACAAAUUCAAGCAAUUCAACAAGAAAUUGAACGUCUUUUGGUUUAAUUACAUGUACCUGAAUCAACUUAAAAGAAUUAUUACAUUCUUUUAUUUAAAAAUAAACUAAAAAAAUUAUUUAAAAAAUCA